AACGUCCCAGCUAGAUGAUGACGUCGGUGGACCUUGCCAGAGAAGAACUGAGCUCUCGAGAACACGAGCAAUUUGACGGGAUCCGGGCGAAUAAACUCCCACGAUUCUGGAAAACGGCACGGAUAAGGAUUUAGCGUUAUGAGAGAUUAUAGUGGAACAAGAGAGAUGGGUGGCCGAGGAGGCUCGUGCGUGGCGUGUUGCCAAGUUUGCAUUUAUGCAUUUACAGCGUUUCUCAUCGUGGCAGAGAGGACAGCGCUGAUCUACUGCUUUGUGUACUACCUGUGGGUGGGGCAUAACUACUGCUACGGCCAGUGGGCGGGGCUGACUGCUUUGCUCCUCCUCCCUGGGUGGGGCCCUCAGUUGCUUAGCUACCUGUGGUACCUAUGUGACGGGCGCAUACCCAGGAAGUCCCUCCACUGGACCCACAUCCUGCAUCUGGGCAUCUUCAAGAGGUUGUGGGAGUGUAUGUUUCUUCCUGGGUUUGACUUGUCCUCAGACAUCAUGCAGCAGGCUGAUGUUUCCGCUCUGCGCCUGUUGGAGGCGCUGGUGGUCACCCUUCCUCAGACAGUCCUGCAGACGUACGUCCUCAUCUGCACAGAUAUCGGUCUCUUCUCUCCAGUUCCGGUGUGUUUUGUGGUGUGCCUACUGUCUCUGUCCUGGGCGUUGGUGCUCUAUGCCAGGGCUUGUUACCUCAUCAGACCCGGCCAUCUGCCAAUGACCCCUGCUGCCAUGUCUUGCCGACUGCUCUGGAGGGUCAGUAUGAUCGGAGCUCGUCUAGCCACCCUCAUGCUCUUCACACGUUUGUUCCGGUCGUGGGUUUUGGGUGUCAUAGGCCUCCACUGGAUGGGCGCUACAUUCUGGCUGGUGUCUCAGCAGACCGACAUCAUCAGAACGGUGCCGCGAUGGCGUCUGUUCAACGUGGUCCUGGGAGCCAUCCACAUCUUCCUCUUCCUCAACGUGAAGGACGGCCCCUCGAGAUAUCGCAUGGCCGGCUUCUAUCUGGCCAUGUUUGUAGAGAAUGCUCUCCUGCUUUUGGCUGGCUCAGAUUUCUUCAGUGUGGCUACCUGGGACAGCAUGGGCAUCCCAGCCGCUGUGUUCUGCAGCUUCCUGAUUGGUGUCAUCGCCCUGGUCCUGUACUAUCGCUUCCUGCAUCCAAAGUCCUUUGAGAUCUUCCAAAGCCUCCGUCACAGAGGGGUAGGAGGGAUGUGUAUGGAGAGGGGUUCCACCCUGUCACUGGAAGAGAAAACCACACCCACCUCCCAUCGCCAUGCCACCCUUGUUGGGGGCGGGACUCUGCUGGACCUACCUGGCCAAUGGGAAGGCUGGAAACACCACCACUGGCUGCUGAUUCGCCUAGCCCUGAAAACAGGAAACGCUGCCAAGAUAAGCAGUUGCUAUGGUGAAGGCGGAUUGGCUGGAUUGAUGGGGCUGGAGGAGCGAAGGGUCCGUCAACAUUCUCCAGAUGUUCCUCAGCUGAGCCUUCCACAUGUCGCAGAAGUUCCCCACGUUCCACAGGUUCCCCAGGUGGAAGAGGUCGAACAGUUGGUGGAUGUCCCCCAGGUGACAGUUGUCGUACCAACCAGAGAGGUGGUGAGAGAGGUGAGACAGGCUCCUCCCCCGCAAGUCCAAGAAUUCAGGGUUCACAAAGUGAAAGUUCAGGAUUCCAAGCCUUCCCCUCCUCCCCAGGACGACCCCAGCCCGCCUCUGUCCGAGGAACGAGAGGACGACGAGUACCAGAGCGCCGCCUACUGCUCCCCCACCCCCUCGCCACCGCUCAAACCUAGCCUCCGCCACAUCGACAGCAACGGGGCCACCACGCCCGAGGGGUCCUUGUCUGUGGCGUCGCUGGAGAUCAAAGACAUCUCAACCCCAGAGAGACGUCCGUCUCUCUUCAUCGGGAGUCCAGAGAGGAACUUGAACCCCAUCGAGCCCAUGACCGGCAUGUACUUCAGCACUGACGCCCCCUCGCCGUCCACCGGAAGCUACCUGGGCUGGGGCUCCGAGCUGUCUCCCAUGUCCAGCUACAGAAGCCCCUACCGGAUCAGGGAGCCGCGCCUCACCUCCACCCCCAGACAGGAGCCCCAAGCUGAGAUACCUGAGGAACCUGGCCUAGCCCCACCUUCCACCUCCCACGCACGCAAACAAAUGGUCCAGUUUGUGAACAUAAAUACAGAUAAAUUGAUUUGAUGGGGAAUACAAGAGAAAACAAGGGUUUGGGUUAAUUCCUUGGCAAUUCAGUCUCAGUUCCAGAUAUUGAGAGGCUGUAUAUUGUCCUUAUUUCAUAAAAUCAAAUAAUCAGGUCUUGAUUGGAAUAAAUGGAAUUCACCACAGCUCUUGAGUCAAACAAAUAUUAUGAUUAUGUAAGACUUAUGGAUGGGGACCAACCUUUGUCUGCUUUUGACAAGAUGUUACAUUCAUGUACCUUGUGUGUUGGCUGAAGCAGAAACAGCCUGGCUCCCCAGUAGGCCUCGACAUAACAUUCAGUUUGAGCAGUCAGUCAGUGUGAGGUUCUGAAUCCCAUUAAAACGAGCGUGCACACAGAGACACAAAUAAUAUUAUUAUAUUAGAAUAAAUAUGAUUGUAUAAUGGAGUGAAAGCGAAAGAGCACAUUAAAUUGUUGUUCAUGGUUUGCUAGAGAGAAGAGUUUAUAUUUAUAAGGUGUUUUUUCCUUUCUGCAUUUAGCUGCAAUCAUUUGAGACAGUUGGAUACUAAUUAAGUGUAGCCUGUUUCUUGUGAACAGAAUGGCUCUGGUAUAGUGUUGGAAUGGAUAUAGCAUCAUAAUGCAUAGCAAUGUGAUAUUUAAUCAAAGGUAGUAAAGCAAUAUAAGAAAAGAUAAACACAAAUCUAUUGUAAUGUGUUAAACAUUUUAAAUAUGUUUUACCAAUAGUGUUUAAAAGUACUAAGUUAUACUGUUUGUUUACUUUAGCCUUUUAUGUUAAAGAUGGAACAUCUUAAGCUAGAAAGCAAUCACUGCUGCUUCGAUGGUAAGAAUCGAAGUGACACCAAAGUUACGCGUGUCUGUUUUAAAACCGGAGAAAUUACAAAGUCUUGACAAAGUUCCAGAUUGUGUUUCGAUUACUCUCUCUAGUCCACUGCCUGCAUGUUUGAAGAACUGGACACACCAGUCUAGUCCUAGUCUUAGCCAAAGUAGUACUGCAUUUGUGUUUAAGUUACAUUGAGAGGGGCAGUCGAAAUAGUCACUGCACUUUCUUCCAUUAAUUUGAUUUUAUAAAACCAGUGUACUGUUGCGUACCCUGUUAAAAACAAGCACUUGCACACAGCUAUCGCAUUAAUCAAGCACAGGUGCUAUGCUAAAAUGUAUCUCUAUGCAGUGCUAAUGUCAGUAUGCUAAUAUGAGUAUGUAUGUGUCUGUAAAUGUGUAAGUGCACCCGCACAAGCUUUAGAAUGCUAUCGCUACGCCUUGGCUUGAUCUUGACAAUAAUGGAUUCAUAAUCACUGGAUCACAUGAUCAUAAUCGCUUGCCUUGUAGACAUUAAUGACAACAUCAGCUGCGAUGAUUGUCAGCACAUUGCCUUGAAUGUCAAUAUCACUAUUUGGUGAAUUUGAGUGCUUCCAGUUUCAAUUAGCUCUUCUUUUUAAACUUUUAUAUUAUUUUAUUUUAUUCAGCCAUAUUUACGUGAAGAAUGUGGGCAGAAUCACAAUCAGUUAUUCUUAGAUUAUGUUUAUAUAUGCAUUGGUAUCCGUCAACUGAAUAAUGAUGUUUCCUCUUAACGAUGUGUUGCCUGUGACCCCAGACAAACGUUUAACAUUGGAUUGAUUUAUAUAAUGACACCACAAACCCAAAUACGUGAUACUGUAUAUGUAUUGUAUUAUUGAGACAGAAUAAACACAAGUAUAAACGCUAUCGGGUCGGAGUGUUGUAA